UCCAUUUGAUAGUCCGAUUUAAGAAGUUAACAAAAGUAAAACGAAAUAAAAAUGAAGUUCCUUUUUAUUGGGUUAGGAUUUUUACUAUUGGCGGUCUAUAAUAUACAGGCUGAAGUAAGCAAGGAUGAAGCAAUGGCGAUUGCAACUAGUUGCAAAGAAGAAACUGGAGCAUCUGAUGCUGACUUUGAGACCAUAAUUAAACAUGAAUCGGCCGAGACUCAAGAGGGUAAAUGUUUGUUGGCUUGUUUCUUAAAAAAAGUCAAUGUGAUGGAUGCUGAUGGUAAAAUGAUUAAACACGCUGCUUUAGAAAUUUCCGAAUCGCUUAUAUCAAAUGAUGAUGAAAGAGCUCUUGUUGCUGAAAUAAUCGAUAUCUGUGAUGACAUCGAUCUCAGUGAUGAACACUGCGAAGCUGCUUUUGAAUAUGGCGAAUGCUGGAAAAAGGAAAUUAAUUCUAGAGGCAUUUCUACAGAUCAUUUAGUUUAGUAACGAAGUACGGUUUAGCUUGAUCUUGGAGUUUAAAAAUAUCCUGGGAACUUUAGUCAAAAGCGUCAACAAUGUAUUAACACAAUUUUAUUUUGAAAUUAUUAUUUUAUUUUGAGCAUAUUAAUAAUAUUAAAUAUAAA